AUGGCCAUGGGGGGGCCGCGCUGGGGCUGGGGGUCCUGGGGUGGCGGUCCAGCCAGAGGAGCUCCGAGACUCUCUGAGCUCAGGCCCUGGCUGAGCGGAGGGACGCUCGCAGCCACAGGAGGUGGAGGUAGUACUCUGGGAGGAGGUGGGGCGGAGAAGGGAGGUAGGGGGAGAUGCUCACGCAGGGUCUGGGUUCUCCUCGGCUCCUUGGUCCUCGUCUUCCUCACAUCGCUAUUCUUCUCCGUCUCACUCCGUGGGGGUGUCGGACUCAACUACCUGGAGCCGCCCGGGUGGGAGGAGUCGAGGCGGGUGAAGCUAGUGCCCAGCUACGUGGGCGCACACAGGCUGUCAACACCCGACACCUCGCAGCAGAAGACGUGCGCUUGCUCGCACUGUGUCGGAGACCCCGGAGUUUCUGAUUGGUUCGAUGAGAACUACGACCCAGACAUCUUACCUGUGUGGACCCGAGACAACAUCCAGCUGCCUUCUGAUGUCUACUACUGGUGGGUGAUGCUACAGCCCCAGUUUAAACCUCACAGCAUCCAGCAGGUGUUGCUUAGGCUGUUCCAGGUGAUUCCGGGAAGGUCGCCGUAUGGCUCGUGGGAUCCGGGACGCUGCCUGCGCUGUGCCGUUGUGGGCAACUCCGGAAACCUCCGCGGAGCCGGAUAUGGGCCGACCAUUGACGGACACAACCACGUCAUGAGAAUAAACCUGGCCCCCACAGUAGGGUACGAAGAAGACGCCGGCAGCCACACCACACACCACUUCAUGUACCCGGAGAGUGCCAAGAACCUGGCAGCCAACGUCAGCUUCGUCCUGGUUCCCUUCAAAACGCUGGAUCUUGUCUGGAUCACCAGCGCUCUGUCUACAGGACAGAUCCGAUUUACUUACGCUCCAGUGAAGCAGUUCCUCCGUGUAGAUAAGGACAAGGUCCAGGUCUUUAACCCAGCUUUCUUUAAAUACAUCCACGACCGCUGGACCAGACACCAUGGGCGCUACCCCUCCACUGGCAUGCUAGUGCUGUUCUUUGCCCUACAUGUCUGUGACGAGGUGAAUGUGUUUGGCUUUGGAGCGGACAGCAGGGGGAACUGGCACCACUACUGGGAACAGAACCGCUAUUCCGGGGAGUUCAGGAAGACCGGCGUCCACGAUGCAGACUACGAAGCCCAGAUCAUUGAGCGGCUGGCCAACGCCGGCAAGAUCACUGUAUUCCCCGGGAAAUAACCAGCAAAUCAUCCUUUUUAUCUUAGUUUUCCAACAUUGGUAUGGCGACAGACACUAUAGAGUCUGCUUAGAACGAGUUAGACAUUUUAACCAAAAGCUUACUUGUUGCUGGUUCCAAACAAUGUUAUUACGUUCACUUUCCCUUAUGUCUGAGAGCCAGAAGGGGCCCUGAUGGUGAAGACUCUAAGUAACCCACUGGGAACAUAUAGAUCCAGAUAUAGUUGCUUGUCACAACUGGCUUAAGAGUUGGAGUUGAGCCUUACAUUCAACUCGUAUUAAAUAACAAGUGAACGUUGGACAGUAGGAAAACUCAUUGAAUCCCAACAAAAAGCCCCUCUGACUAUAUGGCACAGAGAGAGCGUACUGGAAACGCCACAGUAAUAGCACCAUCGGCAUUAUAGAGACUAUUGUUCUACACUUGGAAGUGUGUCAAAACGUACACCCUCUAAGCCCGCGGCUCUGUACCCUAGACCUGCUGACAAAACUGGCUACUGACCAUUUGAGACUCGAAGACUCACAUUUCCAUCUCUUACAGAACCCUGGGCCAUGACUUCAUGCAAGUUCUGCCUCACCAGACUGUGUUACAAGGACCCGGUCUGACUGUGACGGGCUGUAAAAAUGCUGGGUUAUAAGCCAAUGUGUGAUUGCUGUGGGUUAUAUCAAUUGUCCUCUAAACCAACUCCCUUUGGGUCCUCAACAGGCUUAGCAAGGCCUCGACAACGUGUAGCAGACUAACAGAAACAUAAUCAAGACUUUUGCCUUUUGACCAUUCUGACCCACACAGAUCACUGCAGCACUAGCAUGAGCCUGCUUACCCCACAGCCGAGCUUAAGACUGUAUUCCCACAGCCAGGGGGAGUUCUGGGAGGAGCCUUGGUUUGACUGCUCUAAUGAGGCCAAGAGUCCAUCUCCUGGGAUUUAAUGUUUGGAUGAAGGAGCGCUGGUUACCGGAGUUUCAUCCCCAUGUGGUCUGUCAGGGUCUAAUUUGGGAGAAUGGUUCUUCAUGCCACUGCUCUCUGAGGCAGCAUGAGGAGCACAUAGUUUUGCUCGAGAGAAAAGCUGUUGGUUUAUUGUUUCCGUGCAGCAGACUUCUACAAAAACUGUUUUCGGCUCGCCACUUUGGCUUCCUGACAGGACUGAGACAUCAGGGGAACCUCGCUCUGUUUCUUUGCCCUUACACAGACCCGACUUCUGUAUUCCAGUGGAGUUAAGAGAAUGUCAGGAGCAUUUCGCUUCAGAUUAAGGCCCAUAUUAUGGGUUGAAAGAAAAGCCCCACUGAGUCUCUCCAUUGACCACUAGCACUGGUUUUCGCUCAGCCAAUUAAAACUUCAGCUAUGUCUGGAGGGGGCGGAGCCACCAGACGCCUUAGACUUCAUUGCUGCAUCGAUUAAACUGCACUUCCUGUUUGAUUUCACAUUAAUGGCAUAUCCCCCUGCAAGCUGCAGACUUCAUUUCAGGUUUUGUACUAUUUGCUUUGACUUUGUGAUUUAUACUGUUGGCUCAGAUUUUGUUUUCUACGCAGGUGGCACAUUAAUGGCUUCUUCAUCAUUUGGUACUUUUCUCAAAUGAUGCCCAUUUACACAUUUAUAGCCUCCAUUGAUAGUUAUUUACAUCUUCAGCGAGGAGGCACAAACGAAUAGCAGACAUGCAAGCGCUGCUCAACAUUUUCAAAAGCGUCAUUGGCAAAAAAUAAAAUGUGAGCCACAGAGACAUGGAAAAAUAAAAAGUAUUUGGUGUGAUGUGAGACAUUUAUAAAAAAGCGUGACGUACUUGGGGUUCCCACACAGGUUUUGCGAGGUUCAUACUUUUGUUUCGUUUCUAUAUAGUCUUGCGCAAUUUGAAGAUAAACCAAAUAAAAAAAUGGCUGGAGAUGUACUCAAAGAAGUCCUUCCUUAUUGGUCAAAACAAAACUGAUCCAAAUAAAUGUCUCAUUUGGAAGUCAGUUCUCUAACACUCAAUUAAACGUUGUGUUUGGAUGGUAAACCAAAUGGAUUGUCAUCUUCUUGGAUUCUAAAUCAAUUCAAACAUUUGAAAGACCAGUUUUUUUAGACUUUUUUUAUUUUACAAAAUUAGAUGUGUGUUGCUACUGAUGGAUUCCAUUGUGUGGCAAGCACCAGGGUAUGUUUAAAUCCAACUAGAGCUUGGCUGGGGAAAGCCCAUCGUGUGACUCAUAAUGUGUAAUGAGCUAAAAAAAUUUUUUUUUUAAAAUGUACCACCUCCAAAAAUGUUUAGAAAGAAAGUUACAUGUUGGACUAUAAGCUGUGUAGGAACCCUGAGUGCCGCAGAUACUAAUUUAAUGUGAAAUAACAACUGUGUAUAUGAGAAAUUAGCACAUCCCUGGUUCAGAGGGAUUUGGAUUUAACCACAUGGCAUUAUAAAGCUCGUUCUUAUUGAUUAAGUGUUUUUACAUGUAGUUCAACCAUUGCUCCUGCUGAGGUUUGAGGUACACACACACACACACACACACACACACACACACACACACACACACACACACACACACACACACACACACACACACACACACACACACACACACACACACACACACACACACACACACACAGUGAGGAGGGUCGGGGGUUGUACUGCCCCCAGCAGACGAUGUGAAGAACUGUGCUUUCAAUAUUGAUAUCAGUUCUGUUUGGUGUUAACUUGUGUUAUCUUUGGAGGAUAUUGUGUAACCUCAUGUGACCCUUAUGUGUUGUACUUUCUUUGCGUUUGAUGGUUUUAUCCUACUUUGCACAUAACUAGUCUUUAGCAUUGAGCUGAGCUCACUUAUAGAGUCCUUGGGGCAGAAUCUGAACAUUUUGUUUGUAUUUUCUCUUUCUGUUUCACACACACACACACACACACACACACACACACACACACACACACACACACACACACACACACACACACACACACACACACACACACACACACACACACACACACACACACACACACACACACACACACACAUUACUGCUUUUGUGCCUUGUCCUGCUGCUAGACUUUUCUGCUCCAUCUUUGCAUGUUUUUAGUCACACACAGUCCCAUGUCUUUUGGAUGAGAGCUGUGCCUUCUGAGCUGCACACACACACACCCACACACACAAACACACACACCCACACACACACACACACACACACACACACACACACGCGCGCACACACACACACACACACCGCCUUCGGCUUGGGGUACAGGCGCCUACCACUCUUCACUUCUCAUACUGCUUUUUGCACUGACAUUGUAGGCCUGCUCCAACGAUGGCUGCAGACCAUGUAAACUGGUGAUGCAGCAUGACUCAUAUUAGGGCAUUUGCUACUUUUCUUUAAAACAUGAAGUGUAUACACUUUGGCGGCAUAUCUAGAUAAAAGGUAGGGAAGAAGUACUGGGAAGAUGCUAGACAUAAAGUGUGUCAACAUUUGCAGUGACCUGUCUUAUCUCUGUCUGUUUUGAACUACUGAUGGUAAAAAUGAUUAAAAGUUUGGACGUAUCAGUGUA